AGGAAAGACAGCCAUUUUGCACCGUCCCUCUUCCACCCAGAAAGUAGGUUGUCGUGGGAAGACGUAAUCAGAGAAAACGAACAACUCAUAAAUCCCACUAAACCAUUCCCUUUCGUCAGCAUACCAUACCUACUUAAUUCCCACCGUUUGACAAAGGGUGCAUCGAGGAUUGGCGGGAGCAACAUUUCAGAAAAGCAAGGCUACAGAAGAGGCGUUUGACAAAGGCACUGGAUGGAUAGCAUCGACGCUGAAGCCCUCUACCUGACCACAGCGCAGCACGGGCAACCUCAAUGCGAGCUUUCCCUUCCUGCUGUGGAAGUACCUGCCCUUGGCGGAACCAAGAUGAACGGGUCCCUGGACCACCCGGACCAGCCCGACAUUGAUGCUAUCAAAAUGUUUGUGGGUCAGAUCCCUCGGAUGUGGUCUGAGGAUCAGCUGCGCGAGUUGUUUGAGCCCUACGGUGCAGUGUAUGAAAUCAAUAUUCUUAGAGACAGGAGUCAAAACCCGCCACAGAGUAAAGGUUGUUGUUUUGUCACAUAUUAUUCCCGUAAAUCUGCGUUAGAAGCACAAAAUGCCCUUCACAACAUGAAGAUUCUUCCAGGGAUGCAUCAUCCUAUUCAGAUGAAGCCUGCAGACAGUGAGAAAAACAACGCUAUAGAAGACCGAAAGCUGUUUAUUGGAAUGGUUUCAAAGAAGUGCAACGAGAACGACAUCAGGCUCAUGUUUUCUCCUUACGGUCAAAUUGAGGAGUGCCGCAUACUCCGAGGCCCUGAUGGACUGAGCCGUGGCUGUGCCUUCAUCACAUUCACUGCGAGACAGAUGGCACAGUCUGCCAUCAAAUCCAUGCACCAGGCACAGACCAUGGAGGGCUGCUCUUCUCCUGUUGUUGUGAAGUUUGCCGACACACAGAAGGAUAAAGAACAGAAACGCAUCGCUCAGCAGCUGCAGCAACAGAUGCAACAGCUCAACGCUGCCUCCAUGUGGGGAAACCUCACAGGACUGAACUCACUGGGUCCACAGUACCUUGCACUUUAUUUGCAGCUUCUUCAACAGUCUGCAUCUUCUGGAAAUGCGCUCAACAAUCUCCAUCCAAUGUCAGGUUUGAAUGCCAUGCAGAAUCUGGCUGCAUUAGCAGCAGCUGCGAGCGCUACACAGGUGACCCCCACAGGUAGCAGCGCUCUGACCACCUCUAGCUCUCCCCUCAGCGUCCUCACCAGCUCAGGUACGCCCUCUGGACAGCACGCUCAAUCUGCCUGGGACGCCUUCAAGGCGGGUUCCUCUCCCACCUCCAGUACUAGCUCUUCUGUGAACCCCAUGGCGUCUUUAGGUGCUCUUCAGUCUUUUGCUGCUGGUGCUGGAGCGGGUCUCAACAUGAGCUCACUAGCAAGUAUGGCUGCUCUGAAUGGUGGUCUGGGCAGUGGGGGUCUCUCGAACGGCUCUGGUAGUACAAUGGAGGCUUUGACCCAGGCAGCCUAUUCUGGGAUCCAGCAGUACGCAGCUGCCGCUCUGCCCAGCCUCUACAGCCAGAGUUUACUGUCCCAGCAGAACGUCAGUGCAGCUGGAAGCCAGAAGGAAGCCAGUCACAAUCAGAGCGCGGGCCCCGAAGGAGCAAAUUUGUUCAUCUACCACCUGCCACAAGAAUUUGGUGAUCAGGAUUUAUUGCAGAUGUUUAUGCCUUUCGGCAAUGUUAUCUCAGCCAAGGUCUUCAUUGACAAACAGACCAAUCUUAGCAAGUGUUUCGGCUUUGUAAGUUAUGACAAUCCAGUUUCAUCCCAGGCGGCCAUUCAGUCAAUGAAUGGUUUUCAAAUUGGAAUGAAGCGUCUGAAGGUGCAACUUAAACGAUCCAAAAAUGACAGCAAGCCAUACUGAGUGAUUUCACUCUUAAAUGGACUUGCUUUGAAAAUGUUUUUCUGGUAAGUGGAGUGUGAUGUUGGAAAAAUAGAAUGACCCCCACCUUAACCCCCUCUCCCCACCUAAUGCUUCUACUUCUGGCCUUCCCUACAUAUUUUCUCUUUUAACCUUAAAAACAGAAAACAUGCAAAUUGUUAACAUUUUUAGAAUUUGUUUCAAAAUGGCUUGUUUUUUUACAUUUAAAUAUGAUUGUUUUGUCUCUUAAUUUUUUUCUGGUGCCAUAUUACGAGUUUGCUGUGUAUAAAUCUUCGUCAAAGGUUGUUGCACAAUGAAAGCCAGCCUGUGUGACCGCUUUCAGUCCCCUAGACUGUUGAUCAGCACAGUCAGACCCCUGUAGGUGUUCUGUGUUUACACUAGACUCUUGUAGUACAUUCGGACCGUGUAAUGCUGAUGCCUCCUACGAAGCUGCCUUUCUAGAAAAUGGAGGUUUGCUGCAUCGGUGCAAAAGAUAAUCAGUCACCUGAAUAUUGUUUGGAGCAUCUGGAAGGUCGGGCCGCUCUCCACUAGGAUGCCUUUUUAUUUAAUUCAUUUAUUUAUUUCACUAAUUUAUUUAUUUAUUUUUAAAAAUGUAUCUGUGUCUUCACUAUGGGGUUAUUAUAACGUUUGCUUCAAAGCCUGGUUUGUUUUAUUUUGUUCUGCUGGAGGGCUCAGAUGGCAACAAUAAUGAUGCUGUUGUUUGUUGGUUUUGUUCACAUUCAUAUUUCACGUUUUAAAGGGACAAGCACUACAGUGUAAAAUAUCAUAUGUUAUUAUGGAGAACGGUGGGUCAGUAUUGGUAGUUUGCUGGAGAUGCUACACUUACUCUCAGGACAUUUUCACCUUUCUGUCAGACCAAAACUUUGCCCGUCAUUCUACUCUUUAAACUCACCUGGUAUAGUUGUCAAAUAUUAAUGAAAUAACUGAUGGAGUGCUUCAUCUUUCUCAUAGCUUUUCUUAAAGCCUCAAACACAAUCAGAACCUUCUUUUUGACUCAAGAUUUGUAUCCUUCGAAAAUCCUUUUUGUCAAAUGCUGAGUCACAUGGUAGCACAUGGGAUUUAAAAUGACAUUCGUAUAAAGAUGUUUUUUUGAGUAAUCCUCAAGACACACAAACCUAUUUGGGUGAUUUUUAUUUUGGUUGUCAUUUAUAUGUUACGCGUCAAUUCCGGAGGUUGGUGUUGAAGCUUUUAGCAAUAUUUCCAUCUUGGGGAAAAGGUGAGAUAUUUAGUGAAUUUUGAAAAGAUGUAGCCAAGAACAGAAAUAAGCAGGUUUACUAAUACUUAAGUCAUUGCCAAUUAAUAAUUCACAAUAAUUUAAAGAAGACUAGUUUAAUUUAUGUGGAAAGUGUUCAAGAUUUUUCUCAGUGUUGCAGGUUGUUUCCUUUAGCCAUUUACUUGGUAUAUUGAGACAAACCCUGCAAUCCUGAGACACUCGUCAGUUUAAAGAGUGUAUGAGUUGCUCCUUGCAGCUCAGAUUAGUUGAUGGCAGUCAAUCUGAGUCCUGCAGGAUCGUAUGGUGAAGAGUGUUUUAUGGAAGUGGAGGAGAAAACAUUCUCCAGAUAGUGUAUAUUACGUAACUAUUAUGCCUUUUCUAUUUUUAUAGAGGUUUUAUAAUAUUGCCUAAAUAUUUCUCUGAAUUAAAACAGUUGUUUAAAAAAAUCACUCAAAACAUUCAACAGUGUUUUUGUAGAAUCCAAAUGUGAAGUUUUGUGAAUACAUUUACAGAUUGUUUGAACAACUGAUGUGUGGCCCUUUCCGCUAGAUGUAGUUUAUUGUCUGUUUAGUCCAAAUUGAAUGAUGAACUGCCCAGGUGUAGCUGGGAUGUUUUUAAAGGUCUGACAGAGAUUCACGGUUCAAUCUAAAGUUAUUACUUGGAGAUGGUGCACAACUUAAAUUCAAAGUACAUCUUACAUUUAUGUAAAGAGAUGCUGGAAAGUGCUUUAUCGCAUUUGAUUUCCUCAAAACACAAGGCACGAUUUGUGAAAACUGUAUUAGACAAUUGUCUUAGAUGUUUACCUGACUGUUGUUUGACACGCUUGUAUUAUUAAUUAAGUGCUUUCUUUUUCUCUCAAAUAUUUGCACUUUUGUUCCGUCAGUAAUUAUGGACAAAUUUUGGAAAUUGGGACAUUUGAGUUGUACCAAAUCACCAAGCAGUACGGUGGUGACAUAGAUCUGUGAAUUUUUGUUUUCAUCCAUUAGAGUUUUUAGUCAAGUUUUAGACUGAACCCAGGUGUUUAGCCACUGUUGAGAUGUUUAGAUGCUAGUCCAGGGAAUGCCAAAUCCCUGAUCUGUGCCUCUGUUCAAAUAAUGUACUUACAUGAGAAAAAAAAAACAUUUGGUAGAAGGAAAAUGAGAAACCCUUGGACGUGUCCAAGCGCACCACGAAUCACCAUUUUGAAAAAUCCAAAGAUUCUUGUGAACUUGUAAUAGGCAGGGAUUUUUGUUUAUUAGGCAGAAUCUUUUCAUGGUUUUGUUACAUUUUAUCCAGAGCAGAAUGGCUGGCGUUUGUGUAAAGGUCUGCUGAUUUGUGCGCCUUAAAACAGCUCACAAGUGCAGAGUAGUUCCACUCUAAUGUUCCAAACACAUCGAGUCUUAAAUUGCUGUAUACAUUUAUUAUAAUACUCUGUUGUUCUCUCUCUGUUCCAUCAUGUUUAUCCGGUUCUUGUCCUUCACAAAGUUAAAUGUAUUGGAAUUGUAUCCAUUUGAGUUACCCAUGGCAGACGUGUUUGUGACUACUAAUCAGUAUGAGCAGCUCCAAAUAUGCAUUAUUCCAUAGUCCCACACAAUUCAAGUUGAAGCACAAAAUAAAAUGACUUUCAGUCAAAGAGUUGAAAUAUUGAAGCACAAUUUCUUUCCUGUUUCUCGUUCUUUCCUUUUUGGUCUAAAAUGAAAAAUGUGGUAGUGAGAAUUUUUAAAUGUUGUUGAUGAGUGUUCAUUUUAUUUCAGAUGCUUUUGCUCUGAGGUGUUUUUCUUUUUUGAAACAACAUCAGUAUUCAGUUGUGUAGUAGCUGUAUUAGACAGGCUGUUUUGUGUCCCCUGGUGGUGUUUAAUGUUAUUCCCCUCUGUUCACUAUUGGCAUGGUGCUUCCCUCUCCCUCCUCCUUCCCUCUUCAUUGUUUCCUGUGUUGCAUUCAGUGUUUUGUGUUUAGAUGAUAUGCACCUUUAAAAGUCCCUCCCCAUGCAAAAAAUAAUCAUUCAUGAUUUUCUUUUUCAUCCCUCUCCUUUUUCCGUUGUGCUUUAACCUAGGUUUGUUAUUCGUUUUUUGUUUUUAUUCUAGAUAUCUUCGUGCCCGUUUGUCAUCGUUUGCCUAGCAUGUUGAUGUGACGUCAAAAGUUCAUCGUCCAGUCCGUUGUCCUCUUCGCUUCUCUGGCGCUUGAAAUUUCACACUUGACCUUUUUUGUUAACUUUUGACGCUGUUGAUUACUUAUUUUGUUUGUUCCUUUGUGUGAUGUUCAUUUCUGUCAUUUGUGCUGCCAAUAGGGAGCGUUAGAAAGACUGCUUACGUGUAAAAAGUUUCAUGAAAAUCGUUCAGAGCAAAAAGAGUCUAUUUUUCUAGAACGUACAAAAAUAACCACUAGAUUUUUGCAGAAGCUUUUAAUUUUCCUUGUUUAAUUUGUUUUUCUUGAUCAAUUUUUUAUUGUUUUAAAGCGGUCUUCCUAACGCUUCAAAUUGUACUCCUUUUUGAUUUUUUUUUUCUCAAAGCAGCCAUUGUUUAUAGAAUCACUGUUGUGUGUUCAAGUGUGGGUGUGUUUCCCUCUUUCUCUCACUUGUUAGUUCUAAACCUUUUUAGAGGAUGUUUUUGUCACAUUUUGCUGAAAUCGAGGAUAAGCUUUGUAAUUUUGUGUUAGGUUAGUUGGCAUGAUGUAAUUUUGGGAGUUUCUAUUAACAGAGUGACAUUACAAUAGACACUUGAAUUGCCUUUUUUCUUUGUGUGUCGAGCCAAUACAGGCACAUGUUUUUUAUUUCCUUAUUGUGUGAAAAUCAGGAUUAGUCUGAAAUAAAAUGCAUAGAAUAAGCAGAGUUGAAUUUCUUAUCACAGGUAAAUAUUAAGCAUGCAUGUUUUUUGUAAGUGCACUGAAAUCCUCGGCAAAAUGUGAUUUAGUUUUGUUUAAAAAAAAGUUCAGAUGAAUAAAGUGGUGCCAAAAGUUUUGCAUGUUGAUGUUGGUUACAUUAUCGGUAUGUUUCAUGUCAUGCUAUUAUGACACGUGUUCUACGUUCAGAGAAAGACAUGACCGUGUGUUUUGGUUUAAAGUGGGCAUUUAAAAUGUGUUCUUAAAAUUAGAGGUUUUCAAAUGAGUCAUCACAUGAAAUAAGUGAUCAUGCAUACAACAGUGAACUUAUUCUUUUAAGAUGUAUUGUUUGGUUGAGCAUUUGUUACAAUCAUACAUCGGUUUUACACUUUUUUUGUUUUGUUUUGUUUUUUUGUUUAUCAUUUGACACUUGUGUUUGUUGUGAUCAAAAGUUGUGGGCUGGGUAGUAGCGCUCAACUGCAGCUGAGGGGGCAGCCUUUUAAUAUCCAUGUUUCCAUUAAUGAAGCGCUACAUUUAGGUUUCUUCACCCCCUUCAUUUUAUUUUAUGCAGACAGACUUAUAAUUGGGAUUGAGGUGGUUGAUGUUUUCUAUCUAGAAUUUUAAGCUGCUGUUUUGUGAGUUUAAAUGUACUCUGAUUUCCUGUGGGAUGUUUGUCAUUAUUGGUACAGAGUGAUUGUAUUUAACAUUUAAGAUUUGUACAGAUUUUUCUUUUUCUACUUAAGAUCUUCUGUUUCACAAUGUAAAUCCCAUUAGGUAGAGCAUGUAGACCAUAACACAUGACCAAACAUCAACCAAAAAAAAUAGUGUCCACAAAACAGCCUUUAAAUUAAAAUUUUAGUUUUUUGUCAUUUAAGUUGUGUGGUUUUCAUGGAAAGUGUAGAGAGUGCUGAAUUUCUUAGGUGUCUAAAUCAAGUGUGUUGUAUGAGUUUGGUUAAGGAUUUUUCACGCUAAUGUCUCUACAGAAAUAUAGCACAGUGGAAACUCAAAGCAGUUAACUGCUACUUUCAUAUAUGUAUUAAACUGUUUGAAAACAUUCACACACAUUGUGUCUGAACUCAUUUUUAAUAAAGAAAUCAUACCAUACAUAACAAUUGUUUUGUUCAAAUGAGCAUCUUUGUUUUUUUUAUAGUCACUUCAUUUGUCCACAGUUCUUGAUAUAGAUAUGAAUUUUUACAACAAUGUUUUGCGAUGUAUGAUCCUCAAGCAGUGCAGUUUGUCAUGGCUUUAUAUGGUCUAUAAUCUAAAAAGCACAUAAGUAGCAAUUUGUUUGGGCUAUAGUUCUACCACUUAUAUAACUUGCACUGAAUGACUCUUAUCCUGUUUAGUAUAAAGAAUAAAAAGUAAUGGCCUGUCAUUGGCUUUUAGGAACAUUGCAUCUUACCUUAACACUGAUAUUAUACACAGUGUCAGUUAUUGUGCCUAUAUUGCAUUACCUUUCAAACUGGUCGCAAAAAUGACUUUGAUGUUUUCGUUAUGCUUUGGGUCUUCAUUUACUGUAAACCACUUUAAAUUAGACCUUUGAUGCUGAUUGAUAUUCUCUAUACAUAGUCAUGUUGUAAUAAACACAAAAUAAGUGUUAUUCAGUUUAACUUUAAUUUAGGACAGUACGGCCCGGUUUCACAGACAAGGCUUAAGGCUAGUCCCAGAGUAAAAUGAAUGUGUGACCUGUUCUAGCACAAUAUAACUUGCCCAGAAAUAUCUUCAAAUAUAUCAGUGCCAUUGGUUUGUCUCGAGAUACACGCCAGUAAUGUAUUCUAAGGCGUUUUUAUAAAAGCGACAUAAAUAUCUCAAUUCAACUAAGGCAUAGUCCUGGCUUAAGCCAAGCCGUGUCUGUGAAACCGGGCCUACAUGUAUUUUACAGAUACGCAUUUAUCCGAUCUUUAAUUCAUCGAUCUGUGUGUGUCCUUUAUAAGUAUGUUUGUUCUCUGGAGAUGGAACCCAUGACGUUUGCACUAUUCUCAAUGCUCUAUCAAAUUAGCCUAAAAUUAAAACUGCAUUGUGUAGGUCAAGGGCCACAUCAGAAUGCCUUUAAGAGA